UUCGAAACUGAAAGUCGGUUUUUUAUGAAACUGCAGGAAAUAUUUCCGUCUCACGAGGCCCUAUAUAUUUACCGCAGCAGACACAUAUUUGGUGAAAUAAGGGAAUACGUCAACUCUAAGUCAGGAUAUAUUAUUCUUUAAAAAAAAAAGAGAGAAUUGUACCUAGCUAGGUGUCAAAGAUGCAGUUUACCGUCCGCAUGGUUGGAGUCGGGGGUAACCCUUUCGAAGUUUCAGCAACAGAGGAGUCCACGGUAGACACCCUUCUAUUAUCAGUAGCUGGUAGCUAUGGAAUACAGUCAGGUGUGAUACAGCUUUUUUAUUUAGGGCAGCGUUUAGAGUGUGGACAGCGUCUUGGCGGGUAUGGGAUAGACUGUGACUGUAGCCUCCUGGCAGUGGUAUCUGUUCAGGCGAAUACAGGCGGUGGAGAAUGGAAUCUGUUCAUCAAAGGACUGGAUGGCAGAACUUCAACCAUUUCCAUAAGCAAGUCCUCAUAUAAAAGCUUGGGAGAUAUGCCAGUAGAUGAACUCCUCAUCAAGGCCAGUGCUGCCACGCAGAUACCAAAAGAUCAACAAAGACUGAUAUACGGGGGUAAACAGCUUCAGGAGGGAAGAGGACACACUUUAUCCACGUACGGCAUUCAGAACCGUUCAACGCUCCACCUGGUGAUGCGCCUGCGCGGAGGUGGAAUCGAAGGUGAUGGGAGGACACCGUGCGGACAUGUUCUUGGUCCUGCCCACGUAAAUACCUUUCGCCAGCAAGUGUCGUCUGGGCAAACUCUUCUGAGCUGCCCUUGCACCCACCCUACCACCCAACAGCAGUGCAAGCAACACCUACCCUACGAUACUUGCGUUAAACGCCUCCCGUUCCUAUCUAAUGAAGACCGCCAGUUUUUAGAAAUUGGAAUUUCCAAGAACGCACUCGGCGGGCGUGCCAAGGAGUGUCCGUUGUGCAAGAGUGUGUGCGUGCGACGAAGCUCGCAAGAUAGGUGUCUCCAAUGCCCGGUGUGCACCGUCAAGACCAGGCGCUCUUAUGAAUUUUGCUGGGAUUGCCUGCAUGCGUGGAAAGGUGCCUCCAGCGAGAACUGUGGCAACCCGGACUGCUCCUCCUUGGAAGAUCCCAGGCUGAAAACUCUCCGUGAGGCACCCCUGAAGACCAUAGUAGGCGUGCCUAGUUGCCCCUCGUGGCGUGCGUGCCCAUCCUGCAGCCGCCUCAUUGAGCACGUGGACGCGUGCAAACACAUGUCGUGUCCUUGUGGGGUCACUUUCUGCUUCAUCUGUUUAAACGUGCCUGUAAACGGUCGCAGGGGGUGCGGCGCCCACAAUGCCCAGUGUCCAGUGGCACCAAUACAGACCGAGCUGAAAGGACGUUAGAACUCGAAAUGUGGCUCUUGUUUUGCAGAAUUCAACAUAAACUAGUGUCAGAGCUCUUGUUUUAACUUUGUCCAAGAGGGAUGGCAGUUUAAGUAGUAGGCCCUAAGCCGUGUUUUGAUCAGGACAUAUGAUGGAACUACUCCCCUAGUUUACUUUUAUUGCAUGCUUAAUUUUGUUAUAUAGCACUUUAAUCAGAAACUAAACCCGUGGUGCCACGAUACCUAAAAGACAAAAGACGGUGAUAAAAUGACCUGUAAAACGAAUGUGGAUACAGUUUUCUGAAUAUGUUCGGGCAUUGACAAUCAGCAUUAAGUCAAAAAUAUGAGAAGCUUCGUCAAAAUAUAUCUAGGAAAGCAUAUACAGUGCAUAUCGCGGGGUUUUGGCCUUCUGGACCCCCCUGUACUUCAUAGUUUUCGUGGAUUUUGUUUUACUGUAGUUAAAUCCGUCAAUGCUACGGCAUCUUUCUUUGUAAUUUACUUUCUCUGUUUAAUUAUUAGAGUUAUUUGGGUUGUACUGAACAGUGGCAUGCUUAUAUUAGAACAUCUUACAUAGCUUUUUAUAAUUAUAAUUCGCCAGCCUGCUUCUACUUUUUUCUCUUGCGUAGGUUCACACUGGCCAGAAAAGAAAUAGACAGUUUUCUAUGCAUUUUGGUCUUUUAGCUUUUUAUAUUAUUAAGAUUUAAUUUGAUUUGAUUUUUUGCCCUUUCUUAGGCAUACAUAAAUAUUUUGCAUCACAGAAAAUCACGAUGUGACCUUUGAUAUUUCUUUUUUGUUCAGUUGGUUUAGUUGUCAAUAACAUUCGAGCAUUUAUCGAUUUGUAUGCCUGAGUAGUUGUUUUAAACAAAGCGGGGGCUUUUAUUGAAUGUAGCCAAACUUCAAUCGCGCGAACACGAACACUUAAACAAAAUGUAUUAUCACUUUCCAUCUGA